AUGGAUUUCCUCACCCUCGAUAAACAAAGAUUUGCCAAUGGAAAGGAGUGCAUCUUCAAACUGACUGGCUUCUUUAGCAGCCUAACAGCUUUCGUGUUACAAAUAGUCAUUGCAAGCAGCCAAUGCUGGCGCCUGUGGGUAUUCAAUGAUAACAUUGUGAAGUUUGUGUCCUUUGGACUCUGGGAAGCUCAUUACCCUCAAGAGUUUAAUGUCUCAGGUACUGUAAUCAAGAUGCUGGUGCAUACCCCUAUCAAUUCCAACUGGACCAUCUCAACUGAAUAUCAGUAUGCACAGAAUCUGAUGGUGGGGGCCAUUUUGAUGAAGCCUAUAGUUCUGGUUUGCAGUUCGAUGGCCAUUAAGAUCAGCUACAUGAAAUACCCAUAUGUUGAGAUGCAGAUAUAUUGCUACAAGGUCUCUGCCUUAGUUAUGUGUCUUAGUGGCCUCUUCACAUUUGUUUCUGUGAGCUGGAACCACAUUGUAGAUCUUUAUGGCCAAACCACUCUCGACUUUCCACCUGACUUUCCUGUUAAAAAAGAAGACUUGAUAAUGAAAUACUUUACUGCUGUGUUCCCAUUUGGGAUUCUGAUAUCCACCAUGUCACUCUUUGGUGCGAUCUUCUUUGUCUCUGAGAUAAGCAAUUUGAAACUUCAGAGUCAGGAGAAGGCCAGGUGUGCUUCCAAACUUACCAAACAAGAUGUGUAA